AUGGGUGUGGAGUCGCCAAGGACCCGAGGCCGGCCGGGCCGCCUGCUCUGGCCGCUGCUGCUGCUGCUGCUGCUGCUGCUGCUGUCCCCGAGACAGGAGGAGGCGGCCCCCAACCAGCAGCCCCGCGUCCCCAGCCCCUCGCAGGCUCCGGGGGAGGCAGGAGCGAGCCCGGGGGCUCAGAAGGGCCGGGGACCCACGGGCAGCGGGCCCCAGGGCUCUGCAGCCCCAGACCAAGGUCCCUUUGAAGCAGACCGUGUGGGGCGGAGCCGGGCCCCGGGCAGGGCUGGCACACUGGGCUGGAGUGGCUCCACAGACAGCAUCAGCCAAGUGUGCGGGAAGCCCAAGGCGAUAGGGAAGAUCUACGGUGGCCAGGACGCGGUGGCCGGCCAGUGGCCGUGGCAGGCCAGCCUGCUCUACAAGGGCUCGCACCUCUGCGGAGCCGUCCUCAUUGACUCCCACUGGCUGGUUUCGACCUCCCACUGCUUUCUCAACAAAUCCCAGGCCCCGGAGGACUAUCAGGUUCUGUUGGGAAACACCCAACUGUACCAGCACACCCAGCACAGCCAGAAGAUGUCUGUGAACCGGAUUAUCAGCCACCCCGAUUUUGAGAAGUUCUACCCCUUCGGGAGUGACAUUGCCAUGCUGCAGCUGCACCUGCCCGUGAACUUCACUUCCUAUGUCAUCCCUGCCUGCCUCCCACCCCCAGACAUGCAGCUGCCCAGUAACGCAUCCUGUUGGAUAACUGGCUGGGGAAUGCUCACCGAGGACAUGCACCUGUCACCGCCCUUCUCUCUACAGGAGGGUAAGGUAGGCAUCAUUGAGAACACGUUCUGUAAUAUGUUAUAUGAGCAAAGAACUGGAAAAGACAAGAACUCCCCUGUGCGGGAAGAGAUGCUGUGUGCUGGGGACUUCUCGACGGGAAAGUCCAUCUGCCGAGGUGAUUCUGGGGGACCCCUCAUCUGCUACCUCUCCGGUGCCUGGGUCCUAGUGGGCCUAGCCAGCUGGGGCCUGGACUGCCGGCAUCCCGCCUACCCCAGUGUCUUCACCAGGGUCACCUACUUCACCGACUGGAUCAACGGAAUCAGGAGGCUCACUCCUGUCCCUGACCCCGAGUCUGCUCCUCUGGGCACCAGUUCCCCCCCACUGCCUCCGAGGGCUGCUGCCUCACCCGGGCCCGGCACCACCCUUGUGCCUCCGCAGACCUGGCUGCUGCCGCCACUCAUCCUCAGGGCCCUGCAGCCGGCCCUGUGGUGA